GGAAUCGGGGGCCUUUGUCCUCCAGUGGCCCGGAGGAAGCUGUGCAGUCCUCACCUACCGAGACUUAGGCGAGAAGCGGCGAAGCGGCGGGUGGGAGCCGAGCGAGCGCGGGGCUGGCGCCGCGCACUGGGGGUGCCUCGCAGCCCCCUGACCUGCACUGCGUGCUGGUGACGAACCCACAUUCAUCACAGUGGAAGGAUCCUGCCUUAAGUCAACUUAUUUGCUUUUGUCGGGAAAGUCGCUACAUGGAUCAGUGGGUUCCAGUGAUUAAUCUCCCCGAACGGUGAUGGCAUCUCAAUGGAAAUAACUGAACCAAAUUGCACUGAAGUUUUGAAAUACCUUUGUAGUUACUCAAGCAGUUACUCCCUACGCUGAUGCAAGGAUUACAGAAACUGAUGUCAAGGGGCUGAGUGAGUUCAACUACAUGGGGGCUAGGAGAUGACUUUGCAGAUGGACAGAGGUGAAAAUAAAGAAGGAAGCUGUGUUGAAACAGAAAUCUAAGUCAAAAGGGACAAAAACUACAAAGAACUGUGCAAGAAAGAAAACUGUUGAUUUAGGAUGGCUGAGUUACAUUAAAUAAGCCAAAUAUUGCUUUGUUGAAACCUUAAAUGUGUAGCAAUAGUUUGUUUUUUUUUUGUAUUUGUUUUUUGGUUUUUUUGUUUGUUUGUUUUUUGAUCUUUAUGCCCUCAAGUAAAAGGAAAGUGAAAAGGAUUAAUUGUAUUUUAAAGCUACAGGUUAAUGUAUUUUGAUGAGAUGUUAAAUUCUCAGAAAUUUUAUUAUAAAUCGGACUAAGUUAUUUUAUGAUAUGAAAGGUUAUUUAUGAUAAAGUUUUUGAAGCACAAUAUCUAAAAUAAACUGGUAUGGAAUAAUUGCAUCA